AGAGCGUGAUGCCCCCAGAGCAUGGACCUCAAGUUGUGUGCUUUGCUGAAUCUCGCAGUUUAUAUUGGCUCCACAUCGAAGGUUAUGGGCUCGGAGUUUUUAUAUGGUAAGCCGGAGGACGGCGAUCGAGUGGUAAUGCGAUUCUUGACCGAUACCGCGAAGAAUCAGGCAUUUCAAAAGAUGAAUGCUGGAAAGCUGGGGACUCACAGUCUGCACAAUGGAGCGGCUACUUAUGCAACCGGCGAGCCGUUGACGAACAAACAAAGACUUGGCUGACGUCUACAUCGAUAAUACCCAGCCUUAUCUAGAUGCAUUGGCCGCUACAGCACUGGCUGGUCCAGCAGAACCA